GGGUGCGUUGGUGCGCGGGAUGCGGGGAAACCCCCUCACGUCUAGCUGACUGCUGAGAGUUUGAGGGUGGGGAGUGGGACGCUGGGAUGUUCGCUCUCCUUUCCCCCCAGCGCUUUUCAGAGUAGCAGUCACACCAUUAGCUGCCAUUUAUCGAGUGUGCAUUAUCUUAGGCAAUGCACGCCUUUUGUCUAUUCCUAGUCAUCUCAGCCAUCUAUGUAGCGCUUAUUUGGCCCUGCAAACUUAACCGUAACUUGUGAGAUGGUGGUUCUCCUUCUCAUUUUGCAGUUGAGGGACUUAAGCUCAGUUGGCAGUAGAAAUACUCGCCUGAGCUCAUAAAGUGAGUUCGAGGUAAAUGUGGUGUUUGAAUCUAGUCUGUAGCGUCCUGUUUGUCGAAGAUGAAGGUACUCGGGCAAAGUAUAACUGCUGGGUCCUUUUGGAAGGGCCCUAAUAAAAAUAUGCUUAACGUAAUUGGAAAUUGGCUGAUAGAAACGCCUGAAACUUAAAGCAUGAGAUGACCCCAGAAGGAGGUGCAAACAGCUGCACAGCAAGUGGCAGAGGAUAAGUUUGUUUUUGACUUGCCUGAUUAUGAAAAUAUCAACCAUGUUGUGGUUUUUAUGCUGGGAACAGUCCCAUUUCCUGAGGGAAUGGGAGGAUCUGUCUACUUUUCCUAUCCUGAUUCAAAUGGAAUGCCGGUAUGGCAACUCCUAGGAUUUGUCACAAAUGGGAAACCAAGUGCCAUCUUCAAAAUUUCAGGUCUUAAAUCUGGAGAAGGAAGCCAGCACCCUUUUGGAGCCAUGAAUAUUGUCCGAACUCCAUCUGUUGCUCAGAUUGGAAUUUCAGUGGAAUUAUUGGACAGUCUGGCUCAGCAGACUCCUGUAGGUAAUGCUGCUGUGUCUUCAGUUGACUCAUUUACUCAGUUCACACAAAAGAUGUUAGACAACUUCUACAAUUUUGCUUCAUCGUUUGCUGUCUCUCAGGCCCAGAUGACACCAAGUCCAUCUGACAUGUUCAUUCCGGCAAAUGUGGUUCUGAAAUGGUAUGAAAACUUUCAAAGACGACUGGCACAGAACCCUCUCUUUUGGAAAACAUAAUUUGAAUAAAAUAAUUUUUAAUGGA